AUGUCUCAUAACCCAGAUACGCUGGCGUAUGCUCGCGAGAAAAGUAUAAAGCGAGACUCCGUAUCAGGUGGCAUAUCGAAGAAGAAGUCUGCAGAGAAUAAACCAAUGCGUAGCCAGGGGGGGCGGGACGCAGCGAUGGUGCUAGCACGGCACUACCAGGAUGCUCCUCAAACACUGGUGCAUGGCCAUGGGUACAAUGGGAUGUCAGAACCGUCAUCUGGUAUAUUAGAUGCAUACCAGUAUUCGACAAUUUUGCAGUUGGAGCACGCGGUAUCGGUGCUAGGGGACUCACUGAACCGCGUUAUCCGGCUGUCCCCCGACUUUUUGACCUAUGUCUCGGCAUUGAACGGACAGGACACCCCUGUGGAGAUCAUUCCGAGCUUUGCCCGGUACCAACUGAAGUGCGCGGCCGAGUUAAAGACACUGCAUACACUGGGUAAGCUACCGCUUCUAGAAGAGUUGCGCCGGUACGCUUCUAAAUUUACUGCGGGCGAUCCGAAGCCCGUGUUCUCCAUUCUUUCGGCGGACGACCUAGCCAGCUUGGCUUCAGCACACACGCGUGACUGCGACAUGGAUGAAGACGAGGACAGGUACAUCCCCGCCGCCGUUGAGCAGGACACCGAGCGCGAGAAGGAGCCAAAAGAGAGCGGCAAGUGGCCGCCACCGAUCCCUGAAAUCAAGGAUCCUGCAAUCCGGGCACGUGUUUUUACCCACAGAUCUCUGACUAACGAUAAGCUUUACUUGGACGAGGCGCAGAUGAUCAACUCCCACAACGAGCGCCUGGAAUUCCUUGGGGACUCUAUCCUGAAUACUACCAUGACUAUGAUUAUUUACAAUAAAUUCCCAGGUUUCAACGAGGGCCGACUAUCGCAAUUGCGCACAAAGCUGAUUAACAACGACAGGUUGAAAGAAUGGUCAUUUAUGUACCAACUUCCAAGCAAGUUGAGAACCAACAUAGAGAUGUUCAACGGUACAACACAUGAGGUUUCUAACGGAAAACUGAAGCUUUAUGCGGAUGUGUUCGAAGCAUAUAUCGGUGGUCUGGUAGAGGAGGACGGCAAAAAGAACUUACCUAGAAUCAGGAAGUGGUUAGCGAAGCUAGCUGAGCCGGUCAUCCAAGAAGAGAUUGAGAACGAUGUCGUUCUUGAGAACACCGAUGAAGUAGAUGUGAACGCCAAAAAGACCCUCUAUUCACUUAUAGGAUAUGCCGCACUGAACUUACAUUAUUAUCCAGUCCAUAGACCUACUAACAAUGAGCCCUAUGCCAUUGUAGAGUGCCGUGUUAAAGAUGGCCUCACGUUGGGGACCGGGAGGGGUAAGAAUGUAAAAAUAGCUGGUAUGAGAGCAGCGCAAGAGGUACUAAAAAACAAGAAACUACUGGACCACUAUGCCGCAGAAAGAGCUGCUAUUCCAAGGUCAUCUUCCGUAGUCAAGGAAAACAAUGACCAGAAGAAAUAG